UUUCAGGCCUCAGUUUGCACUGGAGGACACGGGAAGCGAGACGUAGAUUCGGACAGAAGUCAGUGGUGUUUCGCAAAUACGAAAAAAAAAACGUUCUUUUGCAAAAGAGAAUAAAUAAAACUUGUGUGUUGGAUGGAAGCACGCCAGCAGCGGACAGUGACGACGUGCUGAGCUAAAAAUACAAGCAGAUGAAGUCAUUCACAAACACUGUCAGCGCAAGCAGAACCAGAUUGGCCAGAUAAUCAACAAGCGCCCGUCAGUCGGUGCGUCGGUGAAACUUGUUGGGUUGUUCCGUUCCUGACCCUUUUCCUAGUGCGUGCGUUUUUCCAUAAGUACCCAGUUGGGAAAGUUCUAGUUCUAGCCGUGUUAGAAAGCGGAUUCUUGCUGCAUCGUCAAGGACAGAAAAAUCCAUCAGCAGCUGCCACCACCACCUGAAGGGAAUAUCAAUCCUAAAAUGAGCAAGGAAGCCCCGCCGGCGUACGGUUUCAUACCGCCCCAGUCGGCUCCGCCCAGCUAUGCACAGGCCGUCGGUGGCGUUCCCCCGGCUAGUCCCUUCGUGCCGAACGUGCCCCAGCCAACGGGGCCGGCCAUCAUCACCACCGUGGUUCCCGUUGGCCCCCAGACGACGCACAUGAUCUGUCCCAGCUGCCACUCGGAGAUCAACACCCAAACCACCACGUCGCCCGGCCUCAUCGCGUACGUUUCCGGCUUUCUGAUUGCACUUUUUGGUUGCUGGCUCGGCUGCUGUCUGAUUCCGUGCUGCAUCGACGAGUGCAUGGACGUGCAUCACUCGUGCCCCCACUGCAAGGCCUAUCUCGGACGACAUCGACGAUAAGCGGGAAUUCCUUGAGCCCGUUUGAUUGCGUUGGCGAUUCCAUCUCAAAUCGAAGGGCACCAUCUCUGCCAAGUCCCGCGUUUCGUUUUCGAGAAAAAAAAAAACAAACAAAA